AUGUCCCUCUCUUCUCAGCCUCCUCGCUGGAUGUCUCCCCCUCCAGUUUACGACGCCCGCUCAUCUGCGCAAACAUCCUCAACGUCUCUCAGGCCGUACCUUCAGCUUCCUCACAUCCUCUCUCUCACAUGGCUGGCUUAUCCAAUUCUCUCGCUGCUCUUCGUCAUAUUCAGACUCCAGCUCUCAUCCUCUUCUGCGCAGGCAGCCGUCGCGAACGCCAAAGGCGACCUUCUCACCGCUUGCCAAGCGGCUGAGCAGGCUGCCACAGCUGCUGCGAGUAUGCCUCGUUACAUGGCUAUUGCUUCAAACGAGCAAUUUGCAGACGCUGUAAAUGGUACUAUGAAUGGCGCCCGGGCUGCCCUUAUCCUUGCACUUACUGCAAUGGAAGCUAUCAUCAACUUCCUCAUCGACAUAUAUCGCUCCACCUUUCUCUGUUUCCUCGAAUUAGUGGUCACAGGUGGCCUGGCUUUGCUCAUCUCUGCAGUCCAAGACAGCACGUUGAACAGUAUCGUCUCUGGGCUUAAGAAUGAUGCCACGUCACUGAACUCAGCCAUCCAGACUGCAGUCUCAGCGGUCAACAAAGUCAACCCAUUUGGCACCAUCCAAGCCCCACAAUUUAAUAUUACUAGUCUUGAUGCCCUAUCCAACAUCACCAUUCCGACUACUUUCGAGAACACUCUGAUUUCACUUAACAAUUCUCUACCCACGAUUUCUUCUAUCAAAGAUUCAAUCCAGGAUCUUGUUGACACACCUUUCGAGGCUGUGAAGGCGGACAUCAACAACACCUUCCUCGGGCUUUCAUUUGAUUCAUCUGUUCUGCCUGUUCCUGAACAGAAUACCUUAUCUUUUUGCACUGACCUCGAUACCUCAUCUGUCGAUAACCUCGGCCAGGAUCUGCUCAGCAUCACGAAGAUCGGUACCAUCAUACUGAUUGCUAUUGUGCUCCUUCUCUUGGCAGGACAUUCCGCCCUCGAGUGGUACAAAUGGCGUUGCCUUAGGCAACACUUGCAGAACACCAGGGAGGCCUGGGUUUCGGAUCCUACGCUGUAUCACACAGGUCCUACUCAGUCCGCUCCCUCAGUAACACUCUCAGAUCACAACUUGCUUAUGCUCCAAGUCGAUUCCGCGCAUCCCCUUCUAACUCGUAUCGCCAACUUCCUUUCCACCCGUCUACGUCUUUCGACCACACAGCACAUUCACCUUCGCUGGUUCUUGCAUUACAUCUUCCACCCACCCGCACUCGCUUGCUUCCUGAUUGGCUUCUUUGGUCUGUUGUCUGUACAGGUGCAGCUCAUUGCUAUCGGCCCGCUCGAAGCCAAGUACUCUGCCCAGGCAGCUGCUAGCGUGCAGGAUCUUUCGACGACGAUUGCCUCGCAGGUCAACAAUAGUAUGUACAACCAAUCGUCGACCUACGCCAGUGCCAUCAACGCCAAAGUGGAUACUGUGCAGGCCACGAUCAACAAUGGCGUAUUUGGUUGGGUGAACGGGACGACUACUACGCUGAAUGACACGCUUAACACCUUUUACAGCGAUGUCCAGAACAUCGUCACUACGGUGUUCAAUGGAACGAUUCUCGAGACUCCUGCACAGGACUUUAUUAAGUGCAUCAUCGGUUCCAAGGUCACUGCGCUCGAGGAGGCCCUCACAUUCUUGAAUGAGAAUCUAAAGGUUAACAUACCCACCGUCAACGAGAGUGUGCUCGUGCUCUCUCCGUCGGACGUGAAUGACCUUACGCAACCUAUUGCUACUGCUGCGAUAGGCGGAGGACAGAACAACUCCCAAGGUCUCAUCGGGAGGCUCGUCGCCACGUACGUCGACUCUCUGCUAUUGGAACGCAUCAUGUUUGCCAUCUUCAUAGGCCUGUGGGGCAUUGUCGUGCUGAUGGGUCUUUCUGUCGUGUUUUGGCAUUCAUAUGGCAAGGACUGGGUUGAGUCGUAUAAGAAGCGAAGAUGGCAAAAGGAACAGAGGGAUGGGCUUGGUGGAUUCGUGGUGCCUUUCCGGGAUGCACAGCCCGCUAAUGCUCCACCCAGAGACGAGGAGAAGUGCAUGGAGAAGCAGGAACACAUGGAUCUCCCAGCAUUCACACCUCUUCCCGAGUCUCGCUCCAGUCUUAGUAUCCGUGCCGUUCGACGGUCUACUGAACCUGGUACGAAUACCAAUCAUCCUCUUACCUUGCUGGAGCCCAAAUUCGAGAAGAGCUGGGAUAGCUUCCACCGCGACGCAGAGGCAGAUAGUUCACAGCCGUCUCUCCUAUCUCGCGCCAUAAGUAGGCCGAAGAAGUUAAUGGCUUUGUCCAACAUAGCACCGAGGGAUAAUACCAACUCCCAGUUCGGUGGUGUUGUUGCGCGGCCAGCUGAGCCUCCGCAGACGGAUGGUGGCUGGUUCAAGAACUUUGGCGGACUCUUUCGCAAGAAGGAUCGACCAGAAUCCGAACUCGGCUCACAAGGCAGAACUUCGCCCCGUCGUACCCGUCCUCAGCUCACGAUUUCGACAGAACGUGCUGCCAGCCUGAAACAAGGUGAUCUUCCUACUGUGGAAGUCUCAUCGCCAGACGAGCGGCCGCCAGUUUCUGCUUGGUCAAUAUCCCCCACGCCUCCUUCCUUACCCCCUCUCAAGAACAUAAGUCCUCCCAAACCACCUGCAAAGAAACCUGUUCCAAUGGGUCUACCGCCCGCUAUCCGUCCUACAAAGCGCAGAAACGCGAGUGUGCCAACUGAUGUUGAUUCUACGUACGACGACUCCACUCUGCUUAUUCCUAAGCACACACGACUCGAGAUGGCGGAGAAAGCGAAUCCUUUCGCUGUCGCAAUCCAUCAUGCCUUCGAGUAUCAUCCCUCACCCCCGCCGGUCCCGUCCCCCGCCUAUCGAAAGUAUCCCAGCACUUUGCGGGGACCUACGACCUAUCUGCUUCCCCCCAAAGAAAAGCAUCGGCGGUCUUCCAGUGUACCUGGGUCGCGGAUAAUGCCACCAGGUUUGGCGCAGGCACCAAACAAUGCAACAAAUGAAUCGCAAGAGUCUACGCCUGUGACGAGGCUCCUUACGACCACUCAUGCGCGUCACUCGAGCGGCGCCGUCGAUCCAUUUGCUACACCUUUUGAUGAUGAAGCCCGUGUAGCGUCCAGCCCUGGACCUCUCACUGCAAGGAGAAGCAACCCGUUCGCUGGGUUUGCCUUGUGAGACAUGAGAUCAUGCCUUUCGCCCAUGAUUUGCAAGAGCUAUAUAUUCUAAAACACUGAUACACUAAUUCUUUCCGCUGAUUCACCCUUCAUCAUAUAUUGAUAGCCCAGCACUUACUUUCUGUGGAUCUAGUUCAUCAUUUAUGUACUUUUGCUAGUUGACACAUUGCUGUGUAUUUUUACAAAUCUUUCCCCUAACUCAUCCCUGCUGGUACUCGGACUUUCAUUGAUAUUUCUGUAGCAUUGGAACGAAACGUAAUAUACGAAUUGAAUGUCAAGUAGCAACUCUCGUGAAAUACCAAAAUAACCAAUCGAAAAGUGGAUAAUUAAGUACCAUUGGCAAAUCUCCUUUUCAUAUGCCCCAAACCUCAUCCGCUUGUGUAAAAUCUCAGUCCAUCAGAAGAAAAUUGGAACCUUCGAUACCAAGAACCAAGAUGUUAUAUUGUACAUAGCAAACAUUCACUUCGAGACAUGAG